AUGGAGAGAGGAGAGUUCAAGGUGACCAUGACCAAGCAGGAAGUGGUGGCUGCUGCCGGGCCAUUGCAAGAGCAUUGGCUGCCACUCUCCAACCUUGACUUGCUUCUGCCUCCUGUGGACGUGGGGGUGUUUUUCUGCUACAAAAAUGAGCAGAGCAUGAGCUUCUGGUCCAUGGUUGGGGUUCUGAGAAAGGCCAUGGCCCAAGCUUUGGUCACUUUCUAUGCCUUCUCUGGUGAGGUGGUGCAAAACUCUGUUGGGGAGCCUGAGAUCUUGUGCAACAACCGUGGUGUCGAUUUUUUUGAAGCCUUUGCAGAUGUUGAGCUUAAGGACCUUAACCUUUAUGACCCUGAUAAGAGCAUAGAGGGCAAAUUGGUUCCCAAGAAGAAGCAUGGGGUGCUGGCUGUCCAGGCAACUGAGCUCAAGUGUGGAGGAAUGGUGGUGGCUUGCUCGUUUGAUCAUCGCAUAGCAGAUGCCUACUCGACCAACAUGUUUCUGGUCUCAUGGGCUGAGAUGGCUCAGUCGAAAUCACUCUCUCUGCUACCAUCUUUUCGCCGUUCUUUGCUCAACCCUCGUUGUCCUGGUCACAUUGAUCCCUCCCUAAACGACAUGUACGUGCCCAUCACAGCUCUGCCACCUCCCAAAAAUGACACUGAUGUUGACCAAGAUCAUCUCAUCAGUCGCAUAUACCACGUCACAGCGGAGCAACUUGAUAAUCUGCAAGCCCUUGCAAGCUCCAAUGGGUUCAAAAGGACCAAGCUCGAGUCGUUUUGUGCGUUCUUGUGGAAGAUGGUGGCUAAAUCUGACACUAAAAUUGGUUGUGCCCAAAAAUUAUGCAAAAUGGGCAUUGUUGUUGACGGACGGACAAGAUUAAGUGAGGAAGGGAAUUACGACAGUUACCAAGCCUCACAUAUGGCUACCUACUUUGGAAAUGUGCUAUCCAUUCCAUUUGGUGGGGAAAAAGUGGAAGACCUAGUUGAAAAGUCGUUGAAUUGGGUAGCUGAUGAAGUCCAUGAUUUUUUGAAAUGUGCUCUAACAAAGGAGCAUUUUUUGGGGGUUAAUAGAUUGGGUUGA